AUGGUAACACCAAUCAUGGACGUCGUCGCCUGAAUUUUCGGCGUUUUGAUGAAAGUUAAAAAUGUUGAAUUAAAUAAAAACCCUAUUUCUUUUAUCAUUUUAGUGAAUAGAAAAUGGUAACGAUUGUUGACGAUCUAGACUCUUUAACCUUGCAAGAGCCAAUUUUCAAAGAUGUCAAGUAUUACUUGUCUGGUGAUGUCUCGGAAAGGGUAUUACAACUUCUGCAGUCAGGCGGUGCCCAAAGUACAAAAUAUUUCUCUGACUAUGUAACUCAUCUAAUUUGUGGUCCCAACGCGGAGGAUACAGACCUGGAUGAUGCACAAGAUAUAUAUCAAAUACCAGCAGUAACUGAGAACUGGGUGUUAGCCUGUGCGAGGUUGAAAAAGUUAGCUUGUACAAAGCCUUACAUACCCAAUAAGAAUAAAAUAUUCACGAAUGUUGUUGCUUGUGUAUCCAAAGUGAGUGCAACUGACGCCAAAUCAUUGUUCGCGCUUCUUACGUUUCACGGUGGCAAAGUUAAAUUAAACUUGGACACUCAGUGCACACAUUUGAUCUGCGGCUCUGCAUCGGGCAGUAAAUAUAGUGCUGCUCUUAACUUGCCUGUUAAUAAAAUUAAAAUAGUUACUCCUGAUUGGGUUUUAGAGAGCAUAAGAGCUAGAAUACAAGCUGUAACUGAAGUGUUUCAUCCGAAACUGUUGAUAAUCCCUCAACCACCACCAAAACCAAUGGAUCGUAUUAGUGCUAUUACAGGAUUUGAUUUCGAAGAAGGCAUAGCUAAAAACGAAGUACCUACACAAAAUAUGUCAGAAAGUAAAGAUGAUGGAACACAGGCAUUGCUAGAUAAACUUAAACAGAGAAUGCCUUGGAAUCAUCCACCAUCUUCUGCUAACUCAUCAUCAGUAGCUACAUCAAGCGUUUCCUCUAUGGGCUUUACAACCACACCUUUACCGACGUCUAGCAUCAUGAGCAAAUCAUUGCCACAGGGCAUUGUUACACAGAAUAUUCAAAUACAGAGUACUCAAGCAAACGCACAGCUCAUGCAGAAGUUUGGUCAAAAUACUAUUGUGUCACAGCCAAGUAUGAAUAUACAGACACAACAAGUUAAUUUACAACAGCAACAGUAUCAAGGGCAGCAACAGCAAACGCAACAACAAUCCCAACCACAUGGCUUAACAGCAAUACAGAUACAGCAACAGAAGAUUAUGCAACAACACCAGCUCAAAAUGCAAAUGUUGCAACAACAGCAACAACAACAGAAUAAAUUAAAUAACCAACAAAACCAGCAAAAUUUCCAGCCCAAUGUGUCAGUUUCACAAAUCAAUCAAGGUCUGUCUAAUCAAAUUCAGCAACAUAUCCAGAACAACCAACAUCACAUACAGCAAAAUAUUCAGACGCCCACAUCUAUGAGCUCUGCACAGCAACAAAUUGAAAAUAUAAGUCAAAUGCUCAGUCAGAGUGCUAAUAACCUUCAGCAGGCUCAAUUAAAUCAGCAAAAUUUGGCUAUGAAGCAAAGCUUAGGUUUGAGUCAACAGAGUGCUUCACAAGCUGUGCAGAAUAUAGCCCAACAGCUUGCUCAAUCAACUCAGAAUCUUCAACAAAGUCUGCAGAAUGCUAAACUUAAUCAAAGUCUAGGACAAAGCCAAGUUAUUAAUCAGCAACUCUUAAAUACUGGUCAACAAUUGUCAAAUCAAAAUCAAAAUCUGAUUCAACAGCAAACUGUUCAGUCCAUGACAAAUCAACAGCAAAAUAUCAACAUGGGAGUUGUCAGCCAACAGAACCUUGUUACAUCUUCACAAGCACAGACCGGUCAAAGUGUACAACUCAAUCAGCUAGUAGGCAAUACUGGCCAACAAUCUGUGAUAAGUCAGCAAAUUCAGCAGGUCCAACAAACAAUACAGGGUCAGCAAAAUGCUAAUGUGCAAGGGACAUGGAGGCAGCAGAAUAUACAAAUGGUCCAGAAUGUUCAAGGUCAACACCAGAUUAUUAGAAGUCCACUAGUACAAACCAGAAACCCUCAAAAUCAAGUUAUAUUACAGCAGCAAAUAAUGCAAACACACCAACAGCCUCAGUCGAGUCCUCAGCAUACAAUACAACAGACGUCCCAGCAAAUACUUCAGCAGUCUAUAGGUUCUCAAGCUCAAGGUAUUGGUCAGACCCAUCAUCAAAUUUUAGUGCAGAAACAGCAGCUCCUUAAUAGUUCUGGUCAACAACAGAUAGUGCAAGCACCUCAACAAGUUUUGAUAAACCAGCACCCUGGUCAACAACAGAUUUUAGUUCAUGGAAACCAGCAAGUCACCUUGCAGGGUGGUCAACAAAUAGUGUCACAAAAUCAAAUUGUUCACCAAGGAGGACAGAUUGUCAAUCAAGGGGGCCAACAAAUAAUAACUCAAAGUGCACAACAAGUGCUGUCGCAAGGAGGUCAGCAUGUCAUCACACAGCAAGGCCAACAGCAAGUAGUGAUCGCUCAGUCAUCACAGCAGAUUGUGACACAAUCAGGACAGCAAAUUAUCGGCCAGACUGUAGGUCAGGCACAGCAAGUGUUGUCACAGGUACCUCAGUCACCACAGCCAGGUACUCAGUUAACAUCAGGGGGUGGCAUACAGCAAAUCAUCACUCAUGGUGGCGGUCAACAAAUUGUCUCACCUGGUGGUCAACAAAUAGUGCAAGGGGGACAGAAUGUGUCAUGGCAACAGCAGCAGUACUUGCAACAGAGACAACAGAUAGCUCAACCAGGAGCAGUUGGUCCUAGGGUUUCAUGGUCUGGCGGCGGUCGUCAGCUUAUCCAUCUGGAUGCGCAAACUCACGCGCAACUCCAGCAGAUGGACCCGAAGCAGCGAGCCAUGUUCGUCGCGCAGCUGCAGAAAAGGAGACAGUUAUCUAUUCAACGUGCGGCUGCGUUAGCGCAACAGCAGCAACCAGGUGUGGUGGCAGGCUCACCUGGUACUCCGACGCCUACCGGCGCCCCUCAGAGCGUUACCUUCAUCAGAAGUCAACUGCCACCAGGACUGACGCAACAACAACAGGUACAAUGGUUACAACAGCAAGGUGCCCGGGCGACGACUAUCCCCGCCGCGGUGCCUACACAACCGCCGCAGUCGCCGGUUGGUGGUGCAGUGGUAGCUAGCGGGGCGGGGGUGGGGGUGGGCGGAGGUGCGGGUGGCGCGGCGGUGGACGCGCAGUUGCAACAGCUGCAGCUGCAGCGCCAGCAGCAGUACCAGCGCUUGCAGCAGCUGCAGGCGCAACGGGAUCACGUGGCGCACCAUCACGCUGCCGUUAAACAGGUAGCUCCAGGUGUGGGUGUGGGAGUGGGAGUGGGGGUAGGUGUGGGCGUAACCCAGCACGUGGUGGGGACUGCGAUAGCGGAACCGCAAGUCGACGCCCUACUCACACCCGCUGCGCAAGACCAACAAACAGGAGCUGGUGGAGCGUUGUUAGUGAAUCAUAAAACGAAAACGGCUUUAGCGAACAUGUUGAGCAUCCGCCUACAAGGGUCCGCGCCCCCCACCGAACACGAACCUUCCGCUGCCGGCACGCUCAGGUCGUUUAUUUUACCAAUAUCAAUGUUUAUUUAUUUAUUAUUAUUAAGGCAUGCUUACAGCUAGACAUAUUAAACAUAUA